AGAAAAACAACCAUCUCUGCAGCAAUCCACCAAUCAGGCCUUUAUGGUAGAGUUGCCAAAAGGAAGCCACUCCUCAGUAAAAGGCACAUGACAGCCCGCCUGGAGUUUGCCAAAAGGCACAUGAAGGACUCUCAGACAAUGAGAAACAAAAUUCUCUGGUCUGAUGAAACAAAGAUUGAACUCUUUGGGCAUGAAUGUCAAGCAACAUGUCUGGAGGAAACCAGGCACCGCUCAUCACCUGGCCAAUACCAUACCUACAGUGAAGCAUGGUGGUGGCAUCAUCAUACUGUGGGGAUGUUUUUCAGUGCCAGGAACUGGGAGACUAGACAGGAUCGAGGGAAAGAUGAAUGCAGCCAUGUAAAGAGUCAUCCUUGAUGAAAACCUGCUCCAGAGUGCUCUGGACCUCAGACUGGGUUAAGGUUCAUCUUCCAACUGGACAACGACACUAAGCCCUCAGCCACGAUAACAAAGGAGUGGCUACUGGACAUCUGACUUCCUCACCUGGGGUCACAAGUUCAAAUCCAGGGUGUGCUGAGUGUCUCCAGUCAGGCUUCCUAAGCAACCAAAUGGCCUGGUUGCUAGGGUGUGUAGAGUCACGUUCAACCUCAUGGUUGCUAUAAUGUGCUUCUUGCUCUUGGUGGGGCGCGUGCUGAGAUGUACAUGGAUGCUGCAGGAAAUAGUGUGAGCCUCAAGGUCCCCGUGGUAACUCACUCAACAAGCCAUGUGAUAAGAUGCACGGACUGCGGUCUCAGACGGGCAACUGAGAUUCUUCCUCCACCACCUGGAUUGAGGCGAGUCACUGUGCCACUAGAAGGACCUAGAUCGAAUUGGGAAUUGGGCAUUCCAAAUUGAGGAGGAAAAAAAAUUCACAAAAGUCACUAUUUCUUUCGUUUUAUUCAUGCUGUCAUUCUUUGAUUCCUUUCUGUCUACAUUUGACUUUCUUCUGGACAGUGAUCGAGUUUAAUGUGUUUGUUUGUUUCUAAGGUUCUGGUGUGAAGACAGAUUCAGAGACAGAAGGAGAAGAUAUUUCACAAGGAACUCAGAACAUGUUGUGUUAGCAGAUCUGGUGCAGCAGUUUCACACUGUUGUCUUGAUGGGUCAAACUUUCAGCAUCUUCUUUAACUCCCUUUAACGGCCUGAUACUGAGAGAGUUUAAGAGAGUUUUCAUUGUCAUCAAACACACUCAGAACUCGCAGACAAAAAGAGUUCAGAGGAAUAGAGGUUGUGGUUUCAGCUCUGUGGGUUUCAUCUAUUUCCAUUAUGUGUGUAAGGUCAGUGUGAAAUGACGUUUGAACACAGGAAGUGUUUGGUUUAGACUCAAAGCACUUUACAAACAGUUCAUUAAAGUGACAGUAUGGAGUCAAGUGUGCUGCCUCUAAUACUCUUGCUGAUGUGUUACACCUACUCUGAUCAAACUCCAGGUUCUGAGGAGAAGACAAAUUCAGAGACAGACUCAGCGACAGAUUUAGAGACAGAAAGAGAUGAUCAUUUAGGUCCUGAGGAGAAGACAAAUUCAGAGACAGACUCAGCGACAGAUUUAGAGACAGAAAGAGAUGAUCAUUUAGGUCCUGAGGAGACAGAUUCAGGGACAGGAGGAGGAUCUAAUUCACAAAAUAAACCUGUUCUGACUGUAAAUCCUGAAACAUCACCGAUAUUCAGAGGAGAGACUGUCACUCUCACAUGUGACGUACAGGGGACAGAAGUGACAGACUGGACAUACAGAUGGUUUUGUGAUGGUGUUUAUGUUCAAUACUCUAAUGAGAGAGAGUACACGAUUACUCUACAAAACACCAAGACCUGCAAGUGUGAAAGAAGCAGAACAUCUCAUCAGAGCAGCUCUCACUGGAGUAAUGAAGUGACUCUCACUGUGAUUGAUGAACCUGUUCUGACUGUAAAUCCUAAAACAUCACCGAUAUUCAGAGGAGAGACUGUCACUCUCACAUGUGACGUACAGGGGACAGAAGUGACAGACUGGACAUACAGAUGGUUUUGUGAUGGUGUUUAUGUUCAAUACUCUAAUGAGAGAGAGUACACGAUUACUCUACAAAACACCAAGACCUGCAAGUGUGAAAGAAGCAGAACAUCUCAUCAGAGCAGCUCUCACUGGAGUAAUGAAGUGACUCUCACUGUGAUUGAUGAACCUGUUCUGACUGUAAAUCCUGAAACAUCACCGAUAUUCAGAGGAGAGACUGUCACUCUCACAUGUGACGUACAGGGGACAGAAGUGACAGACUGGACAUACAGAUGGUUUUGUGAUGGUGUUUAUGUUCAAUACUCUAAUGAGAGAGAGUACACGAUUACUCUACAAAACACCAAGACCUGCAAGUGUGAAAGAAGCAGAACAUCUCAUCAGAGCAGCUCUCACUGGAGUAAUGAAGUGACUCUCACUGUGAUUGAUGAACCUGUUCUGACUGUAAAUCCUGAAACAUCACCGAUAUUCAGAGGAGAGACUGUCACUCUCACAUGUGACGUACAGGGGACAGAAGUGACAGACUGGACAUACAGAUGGUUUUGUGAUGGUGUUUAUGUUCAAUACUCUAAUGAGAGAGAGUACACGAUUACUCUACAAAACACCAAGACCUGCAAGUGUGAAAGAAGCAGAACAUCUCAUCAGAGCAGCUCUCACUGGAGUAAUGAAGUGACUCUCACUGUGAUUGAUAAACCUGUUCUGACUGUAAAUCCUGAAACAUCACCGAUAUUCAGAGGAGAGACUGUCACUCUCACAUGUGACAUACAGGGGACAGAAGAGACACACUGGACAUACAGAUUUCAGUGUGAUGGUGUUUAUCAAUAUUCUCAUGUUCAAGAAUCUAAUAAGAAAGAGAUCAAGAUUCCUGCAAGUUACAGCGGUUACAGCAUAAGAUGCAAGUGUUUCGCUAGAAGAACAUCUACACAAUUCAACACUGACUGGAGUAAUGAAGUGUCAUUUCGUGUCAUCGAUAAACCUGUUCUGACUGUAAAUCCUGAAACAUCACCGAUAUUCCGAGGAGAGACUGUCACUCUCACAUGUGAUGUACAGGGGACAGAAGAGACAGACUGGACAUACAGAUUUCAGUGUGAUGGUGGUUAUAGUGUUUAUCAAGACUCUAAUGAGAAACAGUUCAAGUUUACUGCAAGUUACAUAAGAUACAGUAAAUGCAAGUGUUACGCUACAAGAACAUCUACACAAAUCAGCACUGACUGGAGUGAUGAAGUGUCAUUUCGUGUCAUCGAUAAACCUAAACCUGUUCUGACUGUAAAUCCUGUAACAUCACCGAUAUUCAGUGGAGAGACUGUCACUCUCACAUGUGACGUACAGGGGACAGAAGAGACAGACUGGACAUACAGAUUUCAGUGUGAUCGUGAUGUUCAAGACUCUAAUGAGAAACAGUUAAAGUUUACUGCAAGUUACAGCAGAUACAGCAGAACAUGCUGGUGUUCCGCUACAAGAACAUCUACAAAAUUCAGCACUUCCUGGAGUGAUGAAGUGUCAUUUACUGUCAUCGAGAGACCAAAACCUGAAGUGCGUGUAAAUCCAGAUCAUCAUGUGUUCAGAGGAGAGACAGUCACUCUCACAUGUGACAUACAGACACAAACACACACUGAGUGGAGAUACAGCUGGAUUAAAGAUGAUUCAGUCAAUCCAGUCAACUCUGAAUCCAGUGAUGCUGCAGGAACUAAAACAAUCAGAUCAGUGAAAGUCUCUGAUGGAGGACAGUACAGAUGCAGAGCACAAAGAGGAAACUACGACACACAGUUCAGUAACACAGUUCAAGUAACAGUUGAAGACUCAAAGCUCAAUCCUGAACUCACAUCAGAUACUGCAGGAGCUGCACUGACAGGAAACACGGUGACUCUGAUCUGUCACAUGACUCAGACCGCUGGAUGGGACUUUUACUGGUACAAACACACACAGAACUCUGAGAAAAACAAGACAGAAACAAACUCCUACAGAGUCCAUAUUGAUUCAGUGUCUGAUGGAGGUCAGUACUGGUGUAGAGCUGGAAGAGGAGAAUCAGUUUACUACACAAACUACAGUGAUGCAUUGUGGGUCAAUGUCACAGCUCAACGUCCCUCAGUGUUUCUGAUCAUCAGUCCCAGCAGAAGUCAACACUUCUCAUCUCACUCUCUCUCUCUGAACUGUGAGGAUCACAAUAACUCCACUGGAUGGACAGUGAGAAGAAACACAGACAGUGAGAGAAUGAAAGAUUGUUCAUCUACAGGAUCUACAUGUGAAAUCAGCUCCCUUAAAACAUCUGACACUGGAGUGUACUGGUGUCAGUCUCAAUCUGGAGAACACAGUCCUCAUAUUAACAUCACAGUACAUGAUGGUGAUGUGAUUCUGGAGAGUUCUGUUCAUCCUGUGAUUGAGGGAGAUACUCUGACUCUACACUGUUUACAUCGAUCUACAAACUCCUCAAUCCUCACAGCUGAUUUCUAUAAAGAUGGAUCACUCCUCCAGAAUCAGACGACAGGAGAGAUGAGCAUCCCUACUGUCUCAAAGUCACAUGAGGGUUUCUACUCCUGUAAACACGGAGAGAGAGGACAGUCACCCGAGAGCUGGAUCUCAGUCACAGACCGUUCAUCUUCUCAUCUGGUGAUUUGGGUGGUUGUGGGUCUGAGUGUCGCCGUGUUACUCCUCAUCUCACUGAUCCUGCUGUGGAGAUACAAACACAACAAAGAUCAGCAGUGUAUCAACCAACAGACAUCAGUUCAGAAUCAGAGGACACGACCUGGAGAAUCCCCGACAGAAAACUGUCCUCUACAGUCUGGUUGUGAUCCCAUUUAUGAUGAAGUGGAAACAAACUAUAAGAAAAGCACAGGGGCAUCAGCAGAUGAGGUCACAUAUUCAGAGCUCACUAUUAAAAACAAGAUAUCUGUGGAUAAAGAUGCUGGAAAAAGAGAUGUUUUAAUUGAGAUGAAAACUGAGGACAAUCAAAGAGGGAAAAGCAGUGAGUGUGAAGACACUGUUUACUCUGAUCUGAAGCAGAACACAGACAGAGGUGGCAGUGCUGGAGUCGAUGCAACUUAUGCUCAAGUUUUUAAUCACCGAAAGAAAAAAACCUGCAAGAAUUGAUCAAGUUUAUUUUAAAAUACACACAUUUACAUGUAGAAGAAACGCUGAAAUCAAUCAAUGAUCAGAUCAUUAAUUAAAAAAGACACCUGACAAGACAAAACUGGAUUUCCAUGAGAUUUUGAGAUGUUUUUUAUCCAGUCUUGACGUCAACAUGUAAUGAGAGAAUGCCGUUAAAUGCCUUUACAUGCAAAAGUUCGGAUCAUGUUUCUUGUAUUUUGUGUCGGGAAGUUUGUACACAAACCUUCUGCUUUUAUAAUGCGCUUAUUUUAAAUGUGUGUUUAAUAGUGCAACAUUUAUUGUAGUUGGGACACUUUCUUGUUUAAGUUCAGAAUUUGCUCUUUCAUGUAAAUUGUAAACUAACUCUUACAUUAUAAACCUGCGUAUGUGUGUUUCUAUAAUGUCAGUGUAACUAUAUUCACCUUUAAAUUAAUGAAUUACAUUUUCUGUCUGUUCUGCAGCGCCUCAAAGUUACAAGAAUCACUUUAACUUUAAUAUCAGUAAUAUUUUCAUCAGUUAAACACAGUCUUCAUGUCUGUGUCGAAGAUGUGCCGUAUUUAUGAGGAUUUUGCCAAGAGAAUAAGACUUUUAUUUAAGGUUUAUUUUUCAUGAUUUUGGAUCAGUUGAUUGUUUUUGUGUCAUUUUGAUGUAAAAAAACAAACAAACGUGAUGUUCUUCUCAUGAGCAUUUAUCACAUUUAAAAUAGAGGGACCGUUUUUAACCCUGGGUUAAUAUAAUCUGGGGUUAUAUUGUUAUUGCCUUUAUUGUCCAGAAGAUGGUGUCAAUGUAUCAGCUUUUAUAUUAAUCCUGAAAAGUUUCUGAACUGCUUUAAACUGUUUAUGAAA